AAAUGAUGAGAUUCACUGCAGCUGGGAAAGUUAUCGCCGGUGUUGCCGGUCUUACCGGAAGUUUUAUUGCCGGUGGAAUUGCGAAAGAAUUUUUGACACAGAAGCCGGCUUUCAGCAAGCAUGAGCGUAGUUUGGUCGAGGUGAUGGGAGAGAAGAUGAGGAGUCCUAUGCAACUCAAUGCUGCUGGGGACCCUAACAAGGAGAGAACCUUCAUCAUGGUAAAACCUGACGGAGUACAGCGUGGUCUUGUUGGAGAUAUUAUCCAGAGGUUUGAGAAGAAAGGAUUCAAGCUGGUGGCCAUCAGGAUGAUGGCUCCCGGGGAGAAGCACAUGGAGGCUCACUACGCCGACCUAGCUGCAAGACCAUUCUACCCUGGACUGGUAAAGUACAUGAGCUCUGGACCUGUAGUUGCAAUGUGCUGGGAGGGUCUAGGAGCUGUCAAGACAGGACGUGUUAUGUUGGGAGAAACUAACCCUAAGGAUAGCAAACCUGGAACCAUCAGGGGAGAUUUCUGUAUCGAGGUUGGACGUAACAUUAUCCACGGAAGUGAUGCAGUGGAUUCCGCUGAACAUGAGAUUGGGCUCUGGUUCAGGGAGGAGGAUCUCUGUGAUUGGACUCCUUGUACUCAAUCCAACGUUUACGGACAGAACUAGUGUGUGUAUUGCUGACUGCUGCAAUGAUUUAGACGGAUUAGCAGACAACGUUCUAUCAAUUGUUUUUAGUUAAUCAUUGCAUUUAUGUAACGUUUCAACUCCUGUGAUAUGUUACGAUAAAGAAUUUCAAAAUAUAAUGUUCUUAUUUUCAGAA